CGUUGGUAGAAUCAAAAUCGCUUGCAAAGCUUUAUCCUUUAUUUCAAAAUUUGUUUGUUCAAUUUGGUUGGAAAUGUUGCUCAGUAGCUUAAUUUCAGCGCUUGCGCUCAAUGCUUGCUUUGUCAAGGGUACCUUUCACCCCUCUCACUUAUCUCCCGGACUUCAUCGUCACUCCCCACAUGCCUCAGCUGCCGCUGUUGGAGCAAGUUUAUCCGCUCAUUUCGACACGUCUGUCGGUACCAUUGACGGCUACAAACCGAAGUUUACGCAAGCUUGUCAGCAAAAGAAGACGGAUGUCUUGAUUCAUGGCUUGGGCGAUAUCAAGGGUUCGAUCUCUGUGUUAGGAUCAGUUGGCGGACUGGCUCAAGUUGAUGUCAAUAUUUUGACGACCAAAGUUUUCAGCUUGAUGGUGAAACUUCAAGCGAUAUUGAAGAUUAUUGAUCAGCACAAGCUGACUUCCUCCUGCACAAGUGCCAUCGGUGACUUGAAAGGUUCUCUACAAGUCAUGAUCUCUGUUCUUGCUUCGCGUCAUACGGAUGUUGCUGCUAAGUGUACCGGUGCUGGCGUUGACUUGAACUUUUACGCUCGCGUUGGAAUCAAACUCGACGUGAACGCUAAGGUCGAUAUAGAUACCGAUGUUGACACUAGUGGUGCUGAUGUUGAUGACGACGGUUCUGAUGUUGAUGACGACGGUUCUGAUGUUGAUGACGACAGUGCUGACGUUGAUGACGACGGUGCCAAUGUUGACGCCUCAAGCAAGGUGGUCGCUAAUCUUCAAGCUUCGAUCAGCGUUACGGAGGGCUUAGCACCAAAUUUCAAGAGCGCAUGCGAAAAGAAAAACGUGAAUGUUGUUACAAGCGGGCUAGCUAGCAUCAAGACCUCGAUCAGCGCUUUAGGAACAGACGCCAACGCCUUUGCUCACAUUGAUGCCGAUGUCCUCAGUACUCAUGUCGUCAGUCUAUUUGUCAAACUACAAGUAUUGCUACGAUCGAUCUCUGAUAACAAAUUGAGCGCUCAAUGUCAAAGUGCUAUUGUCCCUUUGCAAGCUCCCUUGAAAGCUAUGCUAUCGAUCGCCGCGUCUGUUGGAGUCGACGUCUCUGCUAAAAUUUCAGCGUCUGUAGACGUUAAGCUCUUCGCCCAAGUUGGACUUGACCUUGGCAUCAAUGCCAACGCUGCUGCUGGUGCAGGUGCAGGUUCUGGUGGUUACGGUGCAGGUGGAAUAAGGCCCCGUGGAAUUGGUGGUUCUGGUUCCGCUACUGUCCAUGUCGACGUUUCAGCAAAGGUGGUCACUGAUCUACACGCUUCGACGAGUUUGAUGCAUGACCUCGAACCCAGAUUCAAGACCGCAUGCGCCAACAAGAAUGUCGAUGUUGUUGUUGGCGGAUUAGCUAGCAUUAAAACCUCUAUCGUAGCUUUAGGACCCAGCGCCGCUGUCUAUGCUAAGGUCGAUGCAGAAACCCUCACCACCAACGUCAUUAGUCUAUUUGUCAAGCUUCAAAUAUUAUUACGCCUCAUCUCGGACUCCAAGAUGGGCCCUUCAUGCAAAGAUUCUAUCGUUGCUUUGCAAGCUCCGCUGAAAGCCAUGAUAUCCGUCGUGGCUUCUGUAGGAAUUGAUAUUUCUGCCAAGAUUUCGGCUGCUGUGGACGUUAACCUCUUCACGCAAAUCGGACUUAGCAUUGGCGUCAAUGCCGCUGUUAAAGUUGGUGCUGGUGUUGGCGCUGGUGCUGGUGUUAACGUUGGUGCUGGUGUUGGCGCUGGUGCUGGUGUUGCCGCGGGUGCUGGUGCGGGCGUGGGCGUGGGAGUUUUCACCUCUGCCAAAGUCCUUGCCGACUUCAAAGCUUCAACCAGCACCGUUGUUACACUUGCUCCAACCUUCAAGACCGCCUGUGAUCAGAAGAAUGUUGCUGUUCUUAACCAAGGCUUGGUCAGCAUCGUGGCUUCGAUCGCAUCCGUUGGAGCACACGCCAAUGUCGUUGCUCAUGCCUCUGCUAAUGACCUAUGUACACAAUUCUUUGAACUCUUGGUCAAAUUGCAAAUCCUCUUGAAAAUCAUUGACCAACAUAGCCUGGCCUCAUCGUGCAAGGGCUCUAUCGCGUCUUUGAAUGCUCCUUUGAAAGUCUUGCUUUCAGUCCUUGUGUCCCUUGGAGUUGACGUGUCGGCUAAAGCCAAAGCAUACACAUCCCUAGACUGGAGUUUCUUUGCUAACGUUGGGGUCAAAAUUGACAUUCAUGCUGGUGCCUCCAUCGGCGCAUAAAUUCUGAUAAAAGUGUGAAGUAGCUUUUGUUAGAUAAGAAGAUUGCUGUUUAAACUCCUAGAAAGUUAACUAAACAUGUGUCAUUCGAUUUUUUUAUUAUUAUUGCUGUUGCACCGGUGUACUGUUGUAGUAUACAGAUGAAUAUUUUUUCAUGAAAUCAUUCAAUUUUUAUUAUAUUUGAUCUCAAACUCCAACCACUUCG